AUGACGACCAAGGCCUACGGAACCCUGGCGACAAAAAUCCUGGCUCGGUACCAGGGGACCGGGCCCGGAGGGGGCUCGACGGGCUACCAUGUUCAGCGCAACGCCGACAACCUGGCGUACUAUGCCCUGGCCAAGUACGUCAUGACGAAGAACGGGAACAUAUACCCGCACCUGCCCGUGGUCACGUACAAACUCUCCGGGCCCCCGUACCCGGGAACCCUCGCUAUGUUCGAGGAGGAGGACGGCAAUUUUUACAUGAACACUACCGUCGACAAUCUGUCGGCCUGGGAGACAACGCCCGGUGACAACUACCCCGGCUGUUCGGAUAAUGAAAACCCAAGUGCGGGCUCUUCGAUCCUCACCAUUGACAGAUUCACUCCGGACUUCGCGUACCCAAACGACUAUAUCAGCCAAAAGAAGAAGUGGAUCGAAGACAUUCGCGGGUCUGAUGCGGGUGAAAAUGAUGGCGGGUCAGGAGGCGACCAGGGGCAGCAGAUCACCAUUGCCUCGUAUAUCAACCCCCUCAGAGACCCGACCGCGUGGUCAUGGCUCCUCGCGUAUGACACAGGCAAGGUCAACAUGUUGGUUGCGAAUGUCCUGAACGGGCCGGAUUAUAUGGUUAACAAAGAUUAG